CGAAAAAUAUUCAUACGAACUUUAUAAUUAUUCUUUCAGAAAUAAUUUUUAAAAAAUUCCAACAGAUAUAAGUUUUAUUGUGCAUAUCUCAGUAUUAAAUUGAAGGAUAUCGAAAUGGGCACUUCAUCGACAAGAUAUGAGAGAAGCAGAGAAGCUGGCUUUCAAAUUGAUCCCACCCAUUCCCCGAUCUAUUUCCACUCCAUUGAAAACGGCACCGAAACUCCGAGCACUGGUUCGGCGAGAGCUCACAUCAGUUCAGCAAUGGAAGCUGUGAAGAUCUGCAGGACCGAGGCUGAACAGCUACAAGAAAAGCUUCAGAACGAGUAUUUUACCCGGUGGAAUGAAACCUGUGAUGUUCAGGAUUUUAACGGAAUCGCCUCGUCUGAGCUGGACAGUCUCUUGCACAAAAUUAGUGAGAGAUUUACGAUAAAUGGGGAAAACAUUUACGCUAAAAUCAGCGGAAUUCGGUUUGCAAAAGAAAUUGAUGUAAAUAUCUUCGAGUUCACAUUUGGUGAAGAGCUAAGUUCCGGCACGAUCCACUUCGGAAUGAUCGCGAUUUCAAAGGAAAGCGCUAGUUUAGAAGCCGUUUCAUGCCUCUAUACUUUGGAUUUUGCUGUCGCGCGGGUUCGAGUUGAAAAGAAAAGGAAGAAGCGAAUCCUGGGCAUAAAUGCCGGAACAGACCGGCGGAGCUGGCUUGAGCCCAAAAGUCUCGGAUUUGUUACGCAGAGAGCGCUGAUCAACUUCUGCAGAACGAAGGCACUGACUGAAUUCCAAAGACGAGGCAUUAUUACAAACAUUAACGACGUGCCUUCUAUUCAAGACGCAUGAACAAUAGAUUAAUGUCAAAUAUGAAACAAACGAUGUAGAUAUUUUUAUAGUGUACGUAUACAUUUAUAUGUAUAAUAAUUAUGAUAUAUGACCCUAUGACUUCAAAACCCAUAACCUAUAAAUUCAUUCAUAAGUCAGGAGUAUUUACUGUUUGUAAAAUACUUAUUAUUGUUUCGUAUAUUCGAUGUUAAGGAAAUGUAAAUGUUGAUUGUUGUUUCCUCAUCACAACUAUACUCAGUUCAUGAAUGGUAUUGCUAAAUCUUGUCACAGGUAAAACAACGUAAAUUGAGGGUCACAAUCAAAUGUAGAGCAAAAGUAUUUUUCCAGAUUAUUUUUUAUUUCUCAUGGGCAUGGAAAUUACACUUCAGUCGACAGUACUUAGUUAAUAUCCAUGCAUUCUGCUAGCCGACUACUUCAACCUCGUGACCAAGUCCGCUGAAAAAAUAGUUUUUUUUUAAAAUACAGAAAAUGUGGUUGUACUGACACUAUGUUUAUAUUACGAGAUAAGCAAGCAUGUAACAGUGUUGAAAUCAGUGGAAGAUAUUUGAUAAAGUAAUGCACCAGUCAAUUGUAACCACGCCCCCCCCCCCCCACCAGGUCCGGGGGUACACCGGGAAAAUGGGCCGUGUUUUUACCUUUCAGGUGGCCCGCAGUGCCGGGUGAAUGCGGUGGAUUUGUCUUCGCUUUAAAUAUGGCAGGGAAUGGGGCUUACCUAAGUCCCUGGGGUGUGGGGGCAUUUGGCGGGGAUUUUACCAUCUGUUCGUCCCCGGGGUUGGCUGGACCGAAAGUCAGAGUCCCCGCUAUUCCCUGGACCUGGAGGGGCCGUGGUUACAAUUGACUGGUGCAUAACUCGGAAAAUUACUAUAACGAUAUAUUCAUUAUACAUGUAUGACAAAAAUCCUAGACGCUGUACAUGAACAGUUAUCUGAUUUGCGGAUUUAUGUUUCAGUACCAAGCAUAACCAAGUGAUUUGAAACAUCGGACGUUCUUUUUGUGCCUUUUAUCACUAUUGGUACGUAAACGUAACAAGGGUUCAGACAAUAUGUAACGCCCUGUAGCAUGCAUGGAAUUUCGAUUUGUCGAACCUUUUUAAAAUAUAACAGUACAAAACGUAACUUGGUGCAAAUGAUGCUAUUAAAUCGAAUCGUUUUCUUCUGUUUAAUGUUAAUCAUGUAACAUCAUGACCCUGGUGUAACAAGGUAUAUCGCGUUGUAACAUGCAUGGAAUUCCGAUGUAUGGAUGUUUAGGAAAAGGUAAAAAAAAUGGAAGAAAAUGUAUUUUUGUUUUUUUAUAAAUAUCUAUUUCUUUCUGCCUUCUGUGACAUAUGCAAUGUCAACUUAACAGUUGUGUAACACGGUAUAUUGCCAUAUGAAUACAUGAAGAAAAUGUG